UCCUCUUCUUCCUCUUCUCUUUCUUCCUUUCGUUCGCUUCUUUUCUAUAACUUUUUCUUCUUUUUUUUGCUUCUCGUGCAAGAACGGGCGUCCAGUCUUCUAUCACAAAAUUGAAACCGGAAUUUCUGUCUUUACCUCCUACUUUUAUGCUUAUUUCUCUUGAUAUCUUCUUAAAACCAUCGAAAUCGUGUAGUGUGCGUAAAUAGACACGAGAGAAUGCACAUUUUUUAACAAUUACACGUCAAGCUGCCGAAAGAAUUACCGCGCUAUCCGCCGAAAAUCGUAGAAAAUACGAAGUACAUUCUCGCACUGCACGAAUGUACAAGGCAAACUAUUGGAUUUUGUAUGGCAAACAAGGAACCGAUUGGCUACCUAGCGGGACGGGGAAAGUCGACGAAUCGAAUGGUGGGAGAAAUCGAGGAGGAGGAGUAGGGGCACCACGACAGUGUCGUAUUAACGGAUGUACGGCAGGUGUUCCUCUACAAACUCUUAGUAUCUAGGAAUAUUUAUUUUUUCAUCAAAUUAAUGUUCUCCUUUUUUUUUAUCUUUGCCUCUCCUAUUUCCUCAAAAUUCUAUGCAUAAUUUAUUUCUAAAAAAUUUAGCAAAUUUAUUAAAGUUUAAUUUGUAAUAUUUAUUGUCAAUAAAACACAAUGUAAGAACAAGAAAUUAUGACGUAUUCAUUUCUCAUUUAUGAAAGAACUUCAAAUAGAAUAAUUAAAGGACUACAAAAGCAUACACGAAGCAUGGCAAAUCUGCUUUAUACUGCUACAUAUCUUUUAUAAUAAUUACGAUAUUUCGGCGGAUUUAAAGUUCUCUUCGUAAUUUGCAUUUAACGCAAAUAAUAUAGAAUGAUUUGUUUCUAUGCGCGAAUACAUCGUCAAUUUCAACACUAUCAUCUAACGUGAACUCGAUUCAACUUCGUCACAAUUACAGAGCGAGAAAAGGUAUUUCAAUUUGAUAGGAAAAUUGGAAUAAAAACAUUAGCGGAAGUAAAUUCUUGCUUAUAGAAAUGCACAGAGAUAGAUCAUUAUCAAAAUCCAUAAUUAUUAUUUACUUGUUAUGGAGAUUGCAACUCUCGAUAUUCUCUUUGAAUAUGGUAAAAGAAUAAAGUCCUAUGUUUAUUAAUGAAAAUGAUACGACCCUGGUAAUCGGUGGCGGCUUCGCCGCCAAGAUGCGCGCGCAUCGCACAAGAUAUCCAAGCGUCGACAGAUUCCCCUCCCCACCCGUCUCUCCAAGAAGUCGCCAUCUUCGUCUCCCAACAGCUGUUCCGAAAAGCGAGCGAACUCCCCAUCAUAAUGUAGGUCAUGAAAACUGCGCAAAACCCCGUACGUUCAUAAAAAAUGACGCGCGUUUAUGGAAAAAUGCGUGUUUAAUUGAAAAAAAUUUGUCUUUCAAUCUAAAUACUAAGUAACGAAUACGUCGUAUCUAUCUCUAAACUGUGGAUUGCCACGAUAAGUAUACAACUCGAUAGAAGUAGGCGUUGCGUAUCUGUCAACGAGCUUUACUGGUUCUUCGAUGAGAAAGCCGAAUUCUGAUUGGUCGAUUCUGUUUCGGCAAGUCGAUUUAUGGCGCGCAAGUCUCAAAAUAUGAAGCGAAUGCAGUUGAACGCUAAAACGGCAAACUAUAUGUUCCUAUACUUCUCUUUCCGUCCCUCCCUCCUUCCUUAUCCACCAUUACAUUCUAUGACACCUCUUUUUCCUCUCUCUCUCUCUCUCUCUCUCUCUCUCUCUCUCUCCCUCUCCUUUUCUUCUUUAACUUCUCUUUAUCCAUAAGGAUCGGCAAAGUGGCCACCUAUCGGAUGCAUGCACCUCUUGGUACCACAUGGUACCGAUAUUAACGCUACAUUCACACCGUUAAAUUCUAACCUUUAAUUUGCUUAGACUCGAUUAAAGCGAUUAGAGGAAGUAAAUUAAUGCAAGACAUAGGAUUGCAAAUGAGGCAAAAAUAAAUGACAUGUACAUAACAUAUAUAAUUAUAAAAAAUGUUGAAAAAUAUUGUUGUGGGCAUAUCUGGAGGAGUAGAUAGUGCUGUGACAGCACUGUUACUUAAAAAAAAAGGAUUCAACGUUGUGGGUGUCUUUAUGAAAAAUUGGGAUAUAAUAAACGAAAAAGGAAUAUGUCUUGCUGAACAAGAUUAUAAUGAUGCCAAAAAGGUUUGUGAAAAACUUGAUAUUCCAUUAUUUCAAGUCAAUUUUGUCAAGGAGUAUUGGAAUAAUGUUUUUAGCACCCUUCUGGAGAAAUAUCAAUCUGGUUCUACACCAAAUCCUGACAUUAUAUGUAAUAAGAAUAUCAAAUUUGAUCAUUUUAUUAAUCUUGCACAAACUAAAUUUCAUGCAGAUGCAGUGGCUACUGGACAUUAUGUAAGAACUAGUUUUGGACCUUAUCUUGAAAAUUUUAAACCACAUACUAAUGUCCUUAUGCUAAAAGCAUUAGAUCCUAAUAAAGAUCAAACCUUCUUUUUAUCUCAAGUGUCGCAACGAUCAUUAAGAUAUUGUAUGUUUCCGCUUGGAGAAUAUUUCAAAAGUGACGUGAAAAAAAUAGCUAGAGAAGCAGGAUUAAUUGAAAUAGCUGAAAAAAAGGAGAGCAUGGGUAUAUGCUUCGUUGGAAAGCGUGAAUUUCAACAUUUCAUUUCUGAGUAUAUAGAAAACAAGGAUGGAGAUUUCGUUGAUUUAGAUAAUGGUAAAGUAGUUGGAAGGCAUCAAGGUAUCCAUCAUUGGACCAUUGGACAGAGGUGUAGAAUUUCUGGAUUAACAGAUCCAUAUUUUGUAUUUCAAAAAAACCUUCAAACAAAUAUUAUAACUGUAGUCAAAGGUACAAAUCAUCCAGCUUUAUAUACAGAUCUUUUAAUGACUAAAAAUCCACAUUGGAUUGCUGGUGAACCACCAGAGCUUACAAAUAGCGAACGUAUUUUCAUUUGCGAUUUUCGUUUUCAACAUAGAAAACCACUUACUGUUUGUAAUGUAUUUAAAACAUUAAACAAUCAUUUAAUUAUUCAACUUUCAAAACCUUUAAGGGCUAUUACUAUAGGACAAUAUGCUGUUUUAUACUCUGGCCAAUUAUGUUUGGGUAGCGCUGAGAUUACAUAUCCUGGUCCAUCAUAUUUUGCACUUGGCCAAGAUAUAAAUGUAUUAGAAAAUAAUAUAAAAAAGAAACUAGCACAUAGUUGAACGUAUUUAUAAAAUAU